AUGUUGUUGAGCGACACGCCAGAUCUCGAGCUCGCCCUCGACCCCGCCGACGGCAGCUACCUCAAGUAUCCCAUCCCCGACAUGCACGAGGUCCAGCCCGGCGUGCUCGCCACCGGGCAGUGGACCAUGCACCAUCCCUUUGUCGACGCAUACCUCACCGCCCUCGCACGUCUUGCCCCCAGGCAGCGUCCUCAACAAGGGCCGAGGGCAUCUGUUCCCAAUACCGCAACGACCUCACCCAUCCUGCCUUCGUAUGACCUAGACGCCCGCGGCUCACCCUUGUCCCUCGCCACACUCACUUCUACACCCCAAAGCGAGGUCGAGAGGAUCCGAUGGCGGGCACAACAUGGUGGGAUUGCGUCGGCACUCACUGUCGCGCAGGUCAUCACCGUUCAGUACGAGCUUUUCCCGGGGCCCGGGUCGGCGUGGUACGCAGCGCAGGUCCCACGUCUCACCGAGGAACAGAAACGCGCCGUCUUCGCACUCGCGGCGCUGCGAGUGCUCAACCAUCCCACGCAUCCUGCGCACUGGGCCCUGUGGGCGAAGAAUGUGCUGCAUCGCACCGCGGGUGUUGUGCACAAAGUCUUCCAACUGCGGCCGUGUCCCAUCGUGUCCCACGUCGGGUGGAUCGGCCUCCCCGAAAGCGUAUGGGCUCUACAGGGCCUCCACUCGGCGUUCGUUCCUCCGCCGCCACAGCCCGAGAAACCCAAGGGGGGCGGGAUGACCCUACGCAAGCGCAAGGCCGCUGGUGCCUCAUCCGCUAACUCACCGCCAAACGAGGAGGUGGCGACUCGCGUGAGCCCGCGCAAACGUCAGCGGACGACGCGCGCCCAAGCCGCGGCCGCGCCCCCGGCCUCGAACUCGAUGCUCUUGGACAUGACACUCCCCGAAUCGGCUUCGGACGGCGCAGGCGCCGCCUCGAAGGCUGCGAAGCAGGUGUUGAUCGAUGUCGCUGGUGCAACUCCGGUGUUACAGCCGCUUGAGCUUGCGCUGCCCGAUACCGCCACGGCGCUAUCAGCAUCCCCUCAGGACACAUCUGCCUCAACGUCGGUGUCGAGCUCAAGAUCUGCCGCUUCGAUGUCACCAGGUGCCACGCGUCGGUCGAACCGCGCGCGGCGCAAACCUGCGCAGGGCCCGGUUACUCUGUCAACGCCCUCGGCGUCAACCCCGCUGUCGGCGCUGUCCACCCCAUCUACGUCCCCAGCGCCCCUUGAACAAUCGGAGCUCGAGAACCCGGCGCGCGUUCAGCCCAGCCAGGAUCAGCGCGCACGGGCGGGCUCGUGCGGCAGCAGUACCGCUGUUAGCGAAGCUAGCGAAGCCGGCGAAGCGAGCGAGGGCACCGUGGUCGAUCUCGAGGCCGAGCUCGUUUCGGCGGGCCGUGACGCCAAGAGCAAGAGGAAGGCCAUCGAGCUUGACGACGCGGAGGCGGGGGCGGAGCCCGUCGAGAACUCUCAGGACGCCCUACCGACUGCUCCACUUGCACACAAAGGCGGCCGGAAGAGCCGCGCGAAGGCCUCUGCCCGCCCGAGGAAGCGCGUCAAGAUCGACGAGAGCUCUCAGGAGCUGCCGGCGCCCAUGUGCCUCGCUCCGGACGCGAACGGCGGCGCGACUUUGCCGCCGCCGGGCGCCGCGGACACCCUCGUCUCGCUGAAGAAGAAGGCUGCAGGCGGUGGCGCCUCGAGGAGGAAGACCGCCCCGCGCAAGGCGUGAGCGGUUGCGACACACGCACGCACACACCCUGUAUCAUUAUUUAUUCCCUAUUCAUUCUUAUUCCCCACCCUUAUUCCCCACACGCUUCGGUAUUUUACCCCGGUUGCUUUCAUGUUCACCGUGUUCGCGAUACCUCUAGAGUGCGAACCAUUCCUCUUUAGCCUCUCGCCUUUUUACUCCGGUAUCUCGUCCGAUCGCGUUCUGCAUUCCAGCUAUCCCGCCCGCUCUCCGUCGCUGUCUCGCACGUCCUUCCCACACCCGGCGCGACGGCCAUGUCCACCCAUCUCACGUCCUCCCCGCGCAGGCCGUCAUCUCCCGCGCGGUUCCCGCGCCUGUCGCACCGCCGGCGUUCAGGUCGGUCUCCAUAGACUUUCGCACCCCUCCUACCGCCGAUGUCCCCUGCCACGCCUAUCCUGUUCU